AGCGACGGCGCCUGGAGGAGAGUGGGUGGGGUUUGCAGGUCCUGGAAGGAAAGUAUACCAAGCAGUGGGGACGCGUUAUCCGGUUUAACCGAGGGGACUCUGGGGAGAAAGUCGUUGUCUAUGGGUGCUUUAUGCAUGCGGCUGUGGAGUGAUUUAGCAUUUGUCAUUGGGAAGCUCGGGCAGCUUUGUGGGAGAAGAGCACAUAGACCCUGCCAGGACCUGGGGGUGAGAGGUCAAGGGUGAAAGGGCUCAACGGUGACCACGCGACUCAACUCGCGCGGUGACGAGAAUGGCCAAACAUCAUCCGGACCUGAUCUUCUGUCGCAAGCAGGCGGGAGUCGCUAUUGGAAGACUGUGUGAAAAAUGUGAUGGUAAAUGCGUGAUCUGUGACUCAUAUGUGCGACCCUGCACACUUGUGCGCAUAUGUGAUGAGUGUAACUAUGGGUCGUACCAAGGGCGCUGUGUGAUCUGCGGAGGUCCAGGAGUCUCUGAUGCCUAUUACUGCAAGGAGUGCACCAUCCAGGAGAAGGAUGCAGCUGUGGUCUUGUGGAAUGAGCAUGGAGCUGCGACUUGGGACACCUGAGCUAUAGUACCAACUCUGCCACUAGCUUGCUAUUUUACCACGAGGAAGUCACUUCACCUCUCUUUUAUGCAUCUGGGGAUAGUGGUGCUUAGCCACCGUUGUAAAAUGCUGUGAGAUCUACAAAUAAGCCCUGUUAUAUUUCUCUCGUGCCUUUCAUCCCAAACUGCACGUAUGUGAUUCACUUCAUUCACACAUUGCCUGUAGCAUUACCACGUAAGAUGUUAUCUUACUAGGUCUCACAAGCUAAGCUUUAUCAACGUCAGGUCACUAGCUUAGAAAUUCUCAAAUGCUGCAAAAAGCAUGUGACUACUCCAGUCAACACUGAAUCAAUGGCCCUGUGUAUGUGUGGUGCUGUAGGACAUCCGGUACUGCUGUGUUUUCCUCUGGGUUAGAUGGAAAACAAAAGUCAUGGGCCACUUGUAGCCAUUAAAAUCCCAUGAGGGUUUUCAUAAGAAUAUGGGUUAUGGCUCUGGUGACCUGACCAAAUUCCAACUCAGGUAAUUGCGCUCUACAGACCUAAAACUCCUUUCCCGUUUUAUUUGGAUAUGAAUUUUUUGCUGCUGUGGGGUGUUAUGUACUGUUGGCAAACAUAUUCCAACCUAGAAGUGCCCUCUUUCUAGUGGUCCUGUUCCCUUAUGUUUCUGUAGCAGGAUCCUAUAGUGCUUAAUGACAGUGGUGUGGAAAUGAUCUCUGCACAUAGAACACAGCCACCUUUGAGGUGAAACAUGGCAGUAUGACCGUGUACAGCAGCACUACAUGCAGUUAGAGCAGCAUGUGAGUGAAUGAAAUGAAACAGCAGGUGGAACUUAGAGACGGAAUGCAGUGAUUAAAGGUGGACACCCAUUUCCUGUGGAAAAGUGUCUGGAGAGAAUUUUUUAAAUGAACACAAAUGAUCAGGACCACAGUACUGCUUCUGCAGACAGAGCUCUGUGUCUGAAGCUUUAACACUCCCUUAGUUUAGUCAAAUGAGUUAAUCUUACUUUCCCAAGUGCUCUACAUUCAGCCCCAGACAGAGUCAAGAGGAACGUUCUUCCAUUAGAAUGUGAAGCAAGAAAGCAAAAAAUUGAUGAGAUGGGCUGGAGGAAACAUCAUGUAAAGGGGCAAAGGUGCCUGGUUUCUGUUUCGGUGGGGGGGGCGCCGGUUCCACACAUGCCUCAUUUGGGGCUACAGGCCAGGGUCAUGCCGUGUCAUCCUGGCAAGUUGUGGGUUGCAGGGAGGGUUUCUGUUUCUUUCUUGGGGAUAGAAGUAUGAGCAGGUGCCAAAUCCUUUUGAGGGGGUGGAAGAAUGAACAGAUACCUGUAAUGAAGCUGCCAGGUUUAUCACAGAUGCCCUAAAUUGUGGGAGGGAAGCUGUGGAAGGGCCCCACCUAGGAGGUUCAAAGUGAAACCACAAGACAAGAGCUAGAGGCUGGUUGGUGUAGGCAUAUAUAUGGGUGUGGUGGGAAGGGAGAGGAGAGAAUUAUUUCAUUUUUUCCCCUCCUCUCUCUCUGCUAUCCUGCCCCUCCCACCUCUUCUUUCCUCCCCCAUAACAGCAAGUUUUGGUGCUACAGCUUGGGUGCGGUCUCUGCAGUGGAUGACAUCUGCCCAAAAGCUUUCUUGUCUAAUCCACUCAGGCUUACGCAACAGCCAAGGACACGUGUGCCAAUGCCCACUGGGCCCCUCAGCACAGCACAGCUGCCAACUCCAGCAGCAGCAUUUUGCCCUCAAGAGGCGCACAGAUGCCAGGCUGAGUGACCCAUGGGCAACGUUCUCUGGCAUGCACAUACACAUGUCCCAUCUCCCAUUAUCAGGGAGGGUUUUGGCUCAUGUUUUGAUUUGUAUUUAAAUUUUUCCAUCUCCCAUAACUCACAGCUGCAUACUUGAUUUAUUCUCCCUAACCUGCU